AUGUCGUCGUCGUCUUCCGCUCCUUCGUCAUCAAAACCGCACAAUGCACCAUUGAAUAUUCCAGCGGGCAAUAGUCCGAUCACACCUGAUUCAGGACCUAUAAAGGCAGAUGAAAAUCUGACUGGCGAUACAUUGGAUGAUCUAAAGAAGGCUCUAAAGCGGAUACGGCCAAAGGAGGAUUUCGAGAACAUAGGCAAGAUACCAUGCGCUAGAAAUAGUUUGCUAUAUGGUAUAGCAGGAGGAACAGGUCUAGGAGCUGUACGGUUCUUGGGAUCAAGGAGACCAUGGGCAGCGGCGAAUUGGGCUGUGGGCAGCUUCAUUAUCAUAUCAGGGUUCCAGUGGGAGAUGUGUAACAGAGCAAGACGGAAGGAACUGGCUCAAAUGCGCGCCAUAACGGAAAGAUAUCCUCAUCGACAUAUAUCAAAGUUGAAACAGCAAGGAUCAGAUUGGGUUCCCCCACCUACGUCCGACGGCGUAAAUGGAGGAAUGACAUCAACAUGA